AAUCUCUCUAUUUACUCUCUCUCUUCCAAACAAGCUCAAAUUAAGAAACAAAGCAGUUAGAAAUCCAGGCGAAGCUUUCUUCUUGGGGAGAUCUUCAUAGAUCGCCGUCUUUAUCUGCACCAAUUCGUCGCACAAGCAAGAAGAAAAUAGCACAGAAGGAAUAGGUGUAUGAUUUCCUGUUCUGCUUUCAAUUUCGAAGCAGGAAUCUAAAAUACUGAGGAAUAACAUUAUAAGAAGUUUUCGCAUUUGGUAGCACCACAUAUGUUAUGCAAGGAUUUGCUAAGUCAACUUGAUAUUGACUGGUGAAACUGGAAUGACCACGGUUUUGUCUAAGGGAAGUUCCACAAUGACUUCCUAUCCGAAGACAUUUACGUCAAUAGUUUUUGUAAUAUGUGGACUAGCAGUGUUCUUAGUGGCUGCCUCGUUGCUUCUGGUUUCACACCCAAUAGGCUCAACUGUUCGUGGGUACUUCUAUGAUGUUGAUCAUUCAAAGAAAAUUGAUACAGUUGAUGGUACCGCAGAUGCUCCAAAUGGUGUAGAGAAUGAUCUAUUUGUUGGUCCUAGUUUGCGGAAUAGUACCAAUAUUGUGCAGUCAGAACUCGUUGUCCCCUCAGAUUUCAUACCUGAUGUUAUGACAGAUAAUAAUUCAAUGGAUACAGGUUGUGAUUUGUUCCAUGGAGAAUGGGUAUACGAUUCAAAAGGACCAUUAUACACCAACAAUUCAUGUCCUGUCUUGACACAAAUGCAGAACUGCCAAGGAAAUGGAAGGCCUGACAAAGAUUACGAAAAUUGGCGAUGGAAACCUACUAAAUGUGACCUUCCUCGUUUUGAUGCAAAGAAGUUUUUGGAAUUAAUGAGAGGGAAGACAUUGGCUUUUAUCGGCGACUCAGUGGCUCGUAAUCAAAUGGAAUCACUUAUGUGCAUCCUUUGGCAGGUUGAGGUUCCCAAAAACCGAGGAAACAAAAAAAUGCAGCGAUUUUAUUUCAGAUCGACAUCAACAAUGAUAGUCAGAAUAUGGUCAUCAUGGCUAGUUCAUCAAACGUCCCAACCAUUUGAUUUUGCCCCAGAAGGUGUAACCAAACUCCAUCUUGAUUUACCAGAUGAGACAUUCAUGCAGUUCAUCCCCGAUUUUGAUGUAGUUGUUCUUGCUUCCGGCCACUGGUUUGCAAAGCAAUCUGUCUAUAUACUAAACAACGAGAUCGUGGGGGGACAACUAUGGUGGCCAGAUAAAUCCCGUGAGAUGAAACUCAACAACAUUGAAGCAUUUGGAAUCUCUACUGAAACCAUUCUAACUGCCAUGGUUACACAUCCGAAAUACACUGGUUUGACUAUAGUUCGUUCGUUUUCACCCGAUCAUUACGAAGGCGGGACAUGGAAUACGGGCGGGUCAUGCACAGGAAAAACUAAACCCGCUUUAGAUAGUGAAAUUGUGGAUAACGGGUUCACAAACAUAAUGCAUGAGAAGCAAGUUGGCGGUUUUAACAAGGCAACUGAGAAGGCAGGAAAUAAAUCUAGAUUGGAGUUGUUGGAUAUUACUAAGAUCUUUGCAUACCGACACGAUGGACACCCUGGCCCGUAUAGGAGCCCGGACCCUAACAAGAUUACCAAACGCGGACCUGACGGGCGACCUCCUCCUCAGGAUUGCUUGCAUUGGUGCAUGCCCGGUCCUGUUGAUACAUGGAAUGAAAUGGUUUUUGAAACCAUAAGGAGAAAAUUUGAGACCAAGUAAGUAGUUUUUUGUUUUUUUUUUAUCUUCUUGCAAUUUAGACAUUUGGAUUAGAAACUUACAUAUUGUCUAGAAAUACUGUAAUGUGUUAGAAUUUGUUUAUAUCGAGACUAUUCUUGAUACAAUUAUUUUUGUAACAUUCCUAAUAUUAUUGAA